UUACUGGGUGUUGUCCCAAGGUCUUUUGACCUCGCCCUCCCCACCCCUCGCCCCCGCCCUUAUCUCCCUAGCCCCGCCUCUCCCUCGAGCUCUCCAGCUCCUGCUUGGCUUGUGUCCCUAGUGGAUGAGGUUUCGGCUUCGAGACCCUAUGCCAGUUUCAUGUCUGCUGCUUGCAUCCCGUGGGUUGGGAAUGAUGGGAGUUCUUUCCCGCCCCAACACUUUCUAGACUCAAUCACGCUGGGAUUUGCUCCACAGUCCCCCAGUUCCAGGUUCUGGAUUAUGUUCCAUGGCAGCAGUCCAAGCAGAAAGCCAAGCCAUCUACUCUGCCUCCAAUCCCACGAACUGUCAACACUAAGAAAAGCAAAAUGAAGACCUGGACUACCAUCCAGCCAGGGCUGCAAUCCAAGCCCACCUUGUGGAUGACAAGCCAGCCGAGGAAUCCACUAGAACUGCGCAGAGGAAAAUUGGACUCGGGGAAGACACAGACCAAAAUCCGACUAAUGAGAACGACGCUCGGGAACCGGCGAACCGCGCACCAGGAGCUCUGCAACCACGAGGACUUCCUCACCAAGCUCUGUGGGGAACUGAUCAAGACCAUCCAGGACACGGAGGACAGCUCGGCCCUGAAAGUGCGGGUGAUGCUGCAGCAGCAGGACGUCUUCACGACCAUCGCUGACAUCUUGGAGUACUCAAACAAGAAGAAGCUGCACCAGAUGCAGUGUGAGCUUCAGGAAUGGGAGGAGAAGGAGGAAUCCAAGAUACACAACCUGGAGCAGCAGGUGGAACAGCUGGAUGCCAAGAUCGAGAAGGUCCACAAGAAAGUGAGCUUCGUGAGCACUUAUAAGGACCGUGAGUAUGCCAUCAAAUCGGUCCAGGUUGCCAACCUUGUGCGCCAGCUGCAGCAGGUGAAGGACAGCCAGCAGGAUGAGCUGGAUGACCUCAGUGAGAUGUGCAGAAUGGUCCUGGCGUCUAUGUCCAACCAGAUUCAGAAUAAGAAAAAAAACCUUCUGAGGUCUCUGGUCGUGAAAAUCCAGCAUGUUCAUCAGGAGGCGCUCCUGCAGAAGACUUGGAAUAGCCGGGUCAUAUUGAAAUACAUGGACAAGUUCCGAGAAUUUAUAGACCAUUUUGAGGAGGAAAUACCCAUAUUAAGGGCUGAGAUGGAACAGCUCCAGUUUCAGAUCUGGGAACCCCGAGAGAUUGUAUUUGCGGACAUUCUGCUUCGGAGAUCCAAGUGCACCCCUGACAUGGACAUUGUCCUCAACAUCCCUGUGGAAGAGCUGCUGCCCUUCUAGAUGGCGGGGCCAUGGGCCACCCCUCCCUCCCUGGUCUCUUCCCCACACCCAGAGCCUUGAGUUCUCUCCUUCCAAGACCACGUCCCCAUUCAGACCCUGGUCUGCAGUUCCUUCCUUCCUCAUACUCCCUCCCUCCCUCCUUUCCUUCCUUCCGUUCUUCCUUUUUUCUUUCCGCUUCCUGCGUCCCCCUCUCCCUCCAUUCUUUUGGUUGGUGCUGCUACUUGAGCCAGGUAGGAAUUCCUAGUCAAGUCCUUUUUACCAAUAAAGCUGGGUUUGCCUUU